UAUCAAGUUGGAAAACUAAUAUUUUUAUAACAAAGAAUUUGAAAGAGGUGAAUGUUAUUGAAAUGGUAUAUAAAGUAACAGGGAACUUUGAAAAGAACAGUACAUUCAGUGCCUUAUCGGUGUUAACACGGAUUAACCAAUAAAAAUGAUUGCUAAGAUUUUAUAUUUAUCAGCUUUCCUGGCCGUUACUCAAGCUGGCUAUCUUCUUGGUGGACACGAAGGUGGUCAAGGCUUCGGAUAUGGAGGUCUAUCAUAUGCAGGUGGUCAUACUGUCGCUAUUGCCAAAGAACCAGUAGUAGAAUAUUAUGCACCUCCAAAAUACGACUACAAAUAUGGAGUUCAAGAUUAUCACACUGGCGACGUUAAAAACCAAGAGGAAUUUAGAGUGGGCGAUCUUACCCACAGCGAUUAUUCCGUUUCUGAGAAAGACAGAAAGAUACAAGUAUCCAGAGUAGUUUCAGGUGCUGUUCCAAUCCAUGGAAAAGGAUGGUAG